AUGGGCGACCGCUUCUGUAAAGAAUGUAGUAAUCUCCUUUAUCCAAAAGAGGAUGACAGCACCCUCUUCCUUGCAUGUAAGAGCUGCGAGCACAUCCAGGAAGCAAAAUCACACCGUCUCUAUGCGAAAAACUUCAGGCCAAAACAUACAUCGAUAGAACUGUAUGCCAAGGAUCUUGCACAGGACCCUACCCUCCCUUCAAUAAAGAUCGAUUGUAAGAACUGUGGAUUCAAUAAAGGAUUGUACUUCCAGUCGAGAGGUGGAGAAGACGACGUUGCAUUGAAUAUUUACUAUUUAUGUUGCAGAUGCCAUCAUCUAUGGACAUGA